AUGGACAACUACUUACAAUGGAUCACCGAUGCUUGGAAUGAUUUGGAUAAGGAUCUCAUCGCUGGAUCAUUCAAAUCCUGCGGAAUUACGGUUGCUAUUGAUGGAUCGGAAGACGAUCCAAUCUCCUGUUUCAAACCCAACGGUGCAGUUCCAGAAGCGGCCUCCAAAUUGUUGCAAGCCCGAAAUGAUGAGAUGGUUGCUCAAUUAUUGGAUGAAAUUGAUUUGGGCGAAGACGAGAAAAGCAAGGAUUACGAAAGCGAUGCCUCGAUUGAAAUCAAUGACAUUAAUGAAAAU